GAAAAGCGGGUCUACUUCCAUUUGGGUAGCUGUCCGGGGACUCGCAAAACGCUUGAGAUCGUGCUUGUCGGUUGGCUCGUGAGAACAGUGAUGGCUUGUAGUGCGGAGAGGGGACCAGGAUGAGAGAGAGCGAGGGACGGAUGACGGAGGAGCGGCCACCGCCGUCCAUCGCCGGCGACGGAGAGUACGAGGUGAGGGGGAGGCUGGGAGGGGAAGGGCCGUUCUCGAUCGUGUGGAGGGCGGUCCACCGAUCGAGCGGCCAGGACGUCGUCUUGAAGCAGGUCCGCCUCUCCGGGCUCACCAGGACCCUGAGGGAGUGCCUCGAUUGCGAGAUCAACUUCUUGGCAAGCGUCUGCCAUCCCAACAUCAUCCGCCUCCUUGAUGUCUUCCAGGUUGAUGGAUGCAUAUUCCUUGUUUUGGAGUUCUGUUCCGGAGGAAACUUAGCCACUUACAUUCAGCAAAAAGGGAGGGUGCAUGAAAAUACUGUCAGAAAAUUCAUGAAGCAGCUAGGAGCAGGUUUGGAGGUAAUGCAUGCUCACCACAUAAUCCAUCGGGACUUGAAACCGAAGAAUAUUCUACUUUCUACUCCCAGCAGUGAUGCUGUGCUAAAGAUAGCUGAUUUUGGUCUAUCAAGAGCUGUUCAUCCUGGCGAGUUUGCAGACUCAGUUUGUGGAACACCUUUCUACAUGGCUCCAGAGGUUAUGGAAUUUCAACAGUAUGACGACAAGGUAGAUAUGUGGAGCAUUGGUGCAAUUUUCUUUGAGCUUCUGAAUGGGUAUCCACCUUUUCGUGGCAGUAACAAUGUUCAGCUUCUAAAAAGCAUAAAGAGUAGUACGUCCUUGCCAUUUUCACAGCUCAUCCUCCCCAGUUUGCAUCUUGACUCUAUUGAUAUGUGUGCUAGGCUUUUGUGCAAAAACCCAGUGAAACGCCUGUCAUUUGAUGAGUUCUAUCAUCACAGAUUCUUGAGAAUAUGAGUUGUUUGUUUAGAAAGUAAGUUGUACAGCCAACAGGUCUUCAGCUAACUGUUCAGCUAAAUCAAGCUGUAUUCUGGUGUUUUUUAUCUUUGGACUUUGGCAUGCCCUUUGGAUCUCUGCAUUUAGCUUAUUGUGGUCCAGCCUUCAAAAAAUUUGAAGCUUACCAUCAGUCCUGCUGGCAAUGCCUGACAACAUGAGGCAGCACCGAUCAUGAAAUUGAAUGCUUCCAUCAGUUGCUUUCCACACUUCAGUUUAUCUUGUGUUGGAGAUUGAUGAAGCUUCAACAUUGCAUUCUUUUUACGGAAGGAUAUUCUCCAGCUUCAAUUGAAGGGUUUCUUCAAUAGUAUGCUCCUGGUUUCAAGCAUGCAGGCUACUCUGUCAAAGAUGUAACUUAGUACCUGGCCAUUUCAUCAUUUUCAAAAUCAAACAAGUACAGUUCAUUCUCCUCUUCAUCCCCCUACUCCAGCUGAAACGAAGCAUUGGCUCUAUCCUAGCCAUAAGGUUGGAUCCAGCUUUCUGAAGAUCCGCUGAUCCUGGAAUUCUGUCACUGUAUAAGUUGUAUGUAAGAUGAAUCUGUUAGUAUAUUUGCAGACAUUGUAUAUUUUGUAUUUAUCUGUAAUUGCAAAGACAUUUUUCUUUAGGAUUUUAA